UAGCAAGUAGUCAAAACAUGUUUAACCAAAAUGAUUUAAUUCUCGUCUGACUACAAUUCAUUAUUUGUUCAUUAUUCAGUUUAUUUUAUUUAAUUUUGGCUUUUUAAAGAUUGUUACUCGAUUUAAAGAUAAAAAAUACUCGGACAUAAUUUACAACAAAUCGUAAAAUGAAGCACAAGAAAAACAAGACCAAGGGAAUUGCUGUCGCUGAGCCAGAAGAAUUGAAAGAAGCUCCGCACUCGUUUGUUAUUAAACGAGGUAAAAUUGGAAAAUUAGGACGAGCAUUGAUGCUGGAUAUGCGAAAAGUAUUGGAACCAUACACAGCCUCUAAUUUAAAAAUCAGGAAAAAUAAUGUUGUCAAAGAUUUUGUUGCUGUUGCCUCGAUUUUUCAUGUUACCCAUCUACUUUGUUUCACCCGAACUUCGAAAGCAAUGUAUCUACGUUUUUGUAAACUUCCUAGAGGACCAACUUUAGUUUUCAAGAUAUCAAAAUAUUCUCUAAGCAGAGAUGUAAUUUCAAGUUUGAGGAAACCUGUGGUCUUAUCUAAAUUUCACCUUAACCCUCCUGUUCUUGUUAUGAAUGGAUUAGCUGAUGAAAAUGAUCUCAAAUGUAAAUUGAUGAGAACAAUGUUCCAAAACCUUUUUCCAAGUAUUGAUAUCAAUACAGUCAAAGUGAGUCAACUAAAGCGAGUGGUGCUAAUUAACUAUCGGCCGGACGAUGGACUUCUCGAAUUCCGACAUUAUGCUAUAAGUUUGAAACCUGUUGGUAUAAGCAAACCAAUUAAAAAGCUAGUUUGUGGUAAAAAGUUGCCCAAUUUAGGAAAACUACUUUCAGUUGAAGAUCUUUUCAACCGUGAUCUAGGUCUAAGUGAAUCAGAAGGUGAAGGCCUGGAUGAAGUCGAAACAGAAAGACAUGUUAAACUGACGGAGAAUACGAAUAAAAGGGGAAAUUUGGCAAAUGAAAAGAGCGCGAUCAGAUUAACAGAGGUUGGUCCCAGGAUGACUCUUAGGCUAAUAAAAAUUGAAGAAGGCUUAAUGACUGGAAAAAUUUUAUUCAAACAAUCUUUGAAAUCUGACGAUAAUGUCGAAUCUACUGAUGGUCAAUCUAAUCAAGAUGAAUAAAUUAAUGACUUUGAUUUUUUUACAUCAACAAACAUCAACUCCAAUAUAAUCAUUUCGCUUCCAAAGGUUGGAAUAUCUUUUUCAAGAUCAAACACUUUUAUAGUUGGAUCUAAUAAUUACAUACAAUCUGCUUUAAUCAGCAAUCAUCCGUUAAUCUUGACGAAAUUGAUUGAUUUCAACAUUAAAUAAGGCUUCUCCGUAUUUUUCAACAUUUCACAAAGGUUUACAUUUAUCAAGACUCGUCGCUUUUUGUAUCCACAAUCUAACAGUAGUGAUAAAUUCAAUUGCAAUACAUA